GGGGGAGUUGGGGGAGUGUGUGUGUGAUGCUACAACCUCCUUAUAAAGGGACUCUCUCUCACGUUGUGGCUUGGAAAUUAGAGCCUAAAAAUUGAGGUCUCCACACACACACACAGACACACACACUCUCUCACACACACACACGCAGAGUCACCGAGAGAGAGAGCCGCUGCUGCUGCCAUGAAUUGCUGGAUGAACGUGGAGGAGAUGCUCCGCAGGGCCGAGACGCCUCUCUUCUGGGUCGGUGCGUUCACCGUGGCCUGCCUGGCGCUCUGGCUGCUCUACAGGCUGCUCUCCGGCUUCAGGAUCUGGGUGUUGGGCAACGGGCAGCUGCUCUCUCCGAAGCUGGGCAAAUGGGCAGUUGUGACGGGAGCCACGGAUGGAAUCGGGAAAUCCUAUGCGGAGGAGCUGGCUCGUCGAGGAUUUGCUGUGAUGUUGAUCAGUCGCUCUCAGGACAAGCUGGAGGACGUGGCCAGGUCACUUGAGGAUCAGUAUAACGUGGAGACCAGGACCAUUGCAGUUGACUUUGGCAGGACGGACAUCUACGAAAAGAUCGAGGUGGGGCUGACCGGUCUGGAGAUUGGUGUUCUUGUCAACAAUGUUGGUGUGUCCUACCCCUACCCUGAGUACUUCCUCGAGAUUCCCGACCUGGACAACUUCAUCACAAACCUGAUCAACGUCAACAUGACCUCAGUGUGCCAGAUGACCCGUCUGGUGCUGCCCAGAAUGGCUAAGAGGUCCAAAGGUGUUAUCCUGAACAUCUCCUCCGCCAGCGGCAUGUACCCCGUCCCUCUGCUCACAGUCUAUUCUUCCACAAAGGCCUUUGUGGAUUUCUUCUCUCGUGGCCUUCAGGAGGAGUACAAGCGUCAGGGCAUCAUCAUUCAGAGCGUGCUGCCCUUCUUCGUGGCCACUAAAAUGACUCGCAUCAGGAAGCCCACCCUGGACAAACCCACCCCGGAGCGCUAUGUGGCAGCUGAGCUCGCCACUGUGGGUCUGCAGAUCCAGACCAAUGGAUACUUCCCUCAUGCCGUCAUGGGCUGGCUGACCACCAAGCUGGUGCCAAGCUACCUCGUCACCUUCUUCGGAGCCAGAAUGAACCGUCUGCAGCGUACCGGAUACCUGCGGAGGAGGAAGCUGCGGGAGCAGAAGAACGGAAACACUUUGAAGAACGAUUAGGAAGGUGACUGACAGAUCUGCAGGGCGGCCAGUCUUGUUCUGACCCUGUGCGGCGUUUAAGGAAAGCAGAGAUUGUGUUUGUAUCUGUGUGGUUGAUCCUCCGGUGUUGCCUGAGAUUUCACAUGUGUGCCUUCAGUAAAUGUGCACAUCAAAGCAUGUGUAUGACUUUGUGUUUAAAGUUUGUCUGGAGAGAAAUAGCCAAAGAAGGCGGGAGAGGAAAUGAUAUUUAAAUGCUGCUCAUGACAAAGGACACUGACACUGAUGGUGAAAAUAAUACAACUAAAAAAUAUGUGAUUUGUUAACCCUGCUGUUAUAAGCAGUGGAAAAUGGUGGUGGGCAUCUUUUUUUAUAUAUAAAUGUAUAAUUAUUUAUUUUAUAUUUGUAUGAGCGCACACAAGCCAAACUCGGAUCUUUUAAGACUAGCUUUCAACCUAGUUCUAUUUAAAAAAUCAUUGAACCAUUUUAAAGAUGGCAAUUUCUGCUUUCUAUCAUGUCUGUUUACCUGCGUUACUGUUCCCUCUGUUCUGCGUGUUUACAUUAUAUUUAAAAUGAUACUUUGUGGUGGGUUGUUGUUGCACCAAUGUGUCACUGAAGUUUCUCAGAGUUCUCAUUAACUGUAGCAUUCAUCACAGGUGCCUUUCUUAUGACAUUACUGCUAUAAAUGGUCAGAUUCAAUGAGCGGGUGUUGACUGGUUAGAAAAUGUAUUCUGAAAGGAUGUUAUUCAGCUGUUGAGAUGUCCAUGUGAAAAACACACAGUUGCUGCAUUUUGUGCCUCUUUUAAUUAAAAUGUAAACCUUUAACAGACAAAGGAAAACCUCUUCACCGCUGCACAUUUACAGUAGCUCCUCAAGUGUGUUUUGAAAGGAUUUCCCAGGGACGGAGAAUAUUCUCGAUUCCCUGUAGUUGAAAGUAAAAUGUGAAGGUUUUACGUCACUUCCUGCAGACUGGUUCACAUACUAUCAAAUGCUUGCUGACCUGCUCCUUUUCAGACAGUUGGUGCACAUUUGAAUAUCCCAUAUGACUUGGUCUGACCUGUGCCUUAACUAAGCAGUCUUGUGAAUGGUUUUCCUUGGUAACAAGUUUUUUUUAAUAUGUUUGGAAAAUAAAAAUUAGAAUUUUUAAAUCGAAAAUGCACUGCUUACAAUUGUUUUCUACUGUUUGUUAAUAAAAGUUCUGGUAUAGAGUGCA